AUGUCUGGGUAUCCGGGUCACUACGGAGGAUAUCAAGGUGGUCCGCCUCCUCAACAGCAAUAUGCGCCUCCGGGCGGUUACUACCCCCCGCCUCAACAAGGCUACAAUGGAUACCCUCCCCAAGGGUCGGCGUACGGCUAUCAACAGCCUUCUCCUCAACCAUACGGAUAUAAUCAACCUCCUCCUCCUCAGCAAUAUGGCGGCUACCCGCCUCAGCCAAAUUACAACAACCGUCCUGGGAUGCCCACAGUGAACUCGAACGCGUACAUGCAUGGGAAUCACAAUGCUCCGCCGCCGCCGCCGAGUCAACCACAGGGAUUCGGUCAUGGUGCUCCUAAUGGCUACAAUUUUCAAUAUUCCAAUUGCACUGGUCGGAGAAAGGCACUUCUGAUUGGCAUCAAUUAUUUUGGCCAACGUGGCCAGCUGCGUGGAUGCAUCAAUGACGUGAAGAACAUGUCAGCUUACCUUGUGGAACGAUUCGGAUACAAGCGAGAGGACAUGGUCCUCCUGACAGACGAUCAGCAGAACCCUAUGAGCCAGCCGACGAAACAGAACCUGCUCAGAGCUAUGCACUGGCUGGUGAAGGACGCGAGGCCGAAUGACUCUCUUUUCUUCCACUAUUCAGGUCACGGCGGUCAAACCAAAGAUCUUGACGGUGAUGAGGACGACGGGUAUGAUGAGGUCAUUUACCCCGUGGACUUCCGCCAGACCGGUCACAUCACGGACGAUGAGAUGCACAGGAUCAUGGUGCAGCCGCUACAAGCUGGUGUGAGGCUCACAGCCAUUUUCGAUUCGUGUCACUCCGGUACUGCCCUCGACUUGCCGUACAUUUACUCAACCCAGGGUAUCCUCAAGGAGCCCAACUUAGCCAAGGAAGCUGGCCAAGGACUUCUUGGUGUUAUUUCAUCAUACAGCCAAGGCGACCUUGGUGGCGUUGCAAGCAACAUCAUGGGCUUCUUCAAGAAGGCCACCACCGGAGAAGACGCCCACAAUCGCGCAAUGGCUACGAAGACAUCUCCAGCAGAUGUCGUCAUGUUCUCGGGAAGCAAAGACGACCAGACCUCGGCCGAUGCAACGAUUGCGGCUCAAGCCACUGGCGCCAUGUCUUGGGCCUUCAUCACAGCUCUCAAGAAGAAUCCCCAGCAGAGCUACGUACAGCUUCUCAAUAGCAUUCGCGACGAACUUGCCACUCGCUAUACGCAAAAGCCGCAGCUGUCUUGCAGUCACCCUCUGAACACCAAUCUUCUCUUCGUCAUGUAA